AUGAAGAAGAAGAAGAAGAAGGUCGCAGCUGUAGACCCGGCGGACGCAGAGACGACAGCGGGAGCAGCGCCUACGCCUACGGGGGAGGUAUCGCGUCCAGCCGGACAGAAUGCGUUUGGGAAUGAUGAGGAGCCAGAGGCGGCCCCUGCUGCUGCUCCGGCCGCAGAGGAGGCGGGGGUGUCUGCCCCAGCGGACGGCGAGGAUCUGUUUGCGGAUAUGAAGAAGAAGAAGAAGAAGCCCAAGAAGGAGAUCCCGGCUGAUCUGGGGUCAGAAGUCACGCCCGCAGGCGUAGACGGUCUGGAGAAGAAGAAGAAGUCGUCCAAGAAGACAGCGUCGGACUUUGCCAAGGAGCUCGGGGAGAUGGAGGAUGAGCAGCAGGGGCAGGGGCAGGGGCAGGGGGAUGAUGACGCACAAGCGGGUGCGGGUGGGGAGGGAGAUGGGGCGGAGGAGGACGGUGGAGUGGAUGGGGAUGAGGAGGAUGGGGAGGGGGAGGAUGGGGUGGGGGCGUGGGUCAAGGAAGGGAGGGAGGCGACGUAUCCCGAGCUCCUCCGCCGCUUCUUUUUCCUCCUGCACCAACACAACCCCGAGCUCGCCGGCGAGAAGCGCCGAUACACCAUCGUGCCCCCGCAAGUCGCGCGCGAGGGCACGAAAAAGACCAUGUUCUCCAACCUGUCGGAUAUUUGCCGUAGGAUGCACCGGCACCCGGAGCACAUGAUUCAGUUCUUGUAUUCGGAACUGGGGACGCAGGGGAGUGUGGAUGGGAAUGGGAGGUUGAUUAUGAAGGGGAGAUAUACGCAGAAACAGAUUGAGAGUGUGUUGAGGAAGUAUAUUGUCGAAUACGUCACCUGCAAGAUCUGUAAAUCGCCCGAUACACUCCUCAGCAAAGAGAACCGACUGGAUUUCGUCACGUGCGAAUCAUGCGGGUCUAGACGCUCGGUGUCCGCCAUCAAGGCUGGUUAUCAAGCCCAGAUUGGGAAACGUAUCAAGGCUGCUUGA